CGAACCUUAUCGUGAAUUAGGAGAAUUACGCGGUUCGGAAUUGAAUGUUAAUUCAGGAAAUGUGUCAAGAUGUAAUAGAAAUUUUGGAAAUUGUAUUGAACGCUCCUUGGAACUUUCUUCUGUUGUAGUUAUUCCAGAUGGAUAAUCUGCUUAAACUUAUCUAUAAAGGAGCGGGUGACUAUACAUUUACUGUUGUUCAAGCUAUCAAUGCAUUAGGAUUUGGAAAAUUUCAAGUUAAGUUAUCUUUAUUUACCGGUCUCUGUUGGAUGGUAGAUAGUAUGGAAAUAACAAUAUUAAGCAUUUUAAGUCCAUCCUUACAUUGUGAUUGGGGUAUAACUAGAUAUCAACAAGCUUUAACAACCACGGUUGUUUUCCUUGGUAUGAUGCUAAGUUCUACGUUUUGGAGUAAUUUAAGUGAUAGAUAUGGUAGUAAACAAUCUUUAACUUUAUGUGCAAUAUUGCUACUUUAUUAUGCUCUUUUAAGUGCUUUUGCACCAAAUUUUCUGUGGAUUUUAUUACUUAGGGGAUUAGUUGGUUUUGCUAUUGGUUGUGUACCACAAUCAGUAACAUUGUAUGCAGAAUUUCUCCCUGCAAAACAAAGAGCAAAAUGUGUCAUUUUGUUAGAUUGUUUUUGGGCACUUGGAGCUUGUUUUGAAGUGGCAAUAGCAUUGGUAAUAAUGCCAACCUUUGGUUGGAGAUGGCUUCUCAUUUUAUCAACAAUACCACUUCUUGUAUUUGCUAUUAUUACUCCAUGGUUACCAGAGUCUACAGUAUUUGAUAUAACGAGCGGAAGAAUGGAUAAAGCUGUUUCAACUUUAGAACGAGUAGCAAGAGAAAAUAAAAAACCUUUACCUCCAGGAAGAUUAGUUAUGGAUCGCUUUUAUCAAAUUAAUCAUGGCAAAUUGAAAGAUGUAUUAAGCAAGGAAAUGUGUAGGACAUCUACCUUGCUUUGGCUUGUAUGGAUGAGUACAGCAUUUUGUUAUUAUGGUGUUGUAUUAAUGACUACAGAAUUAUUCCAUACAUCAUCUGAACAAUGUAGUUUGUGGGAAAACAAAAAGGAAGAUACUUGUCAAUUAGAUUGUCGUUUAGAAAGGAGUGAUUACAUCGAUCUUCUUUGGACAACGUUAGCUGAAUUUCCAGGAAUUUUUUCCACUAUUUUUGCGAUUGAAAAAAUUGGUAGAAGAAAGACAAUGGCGUUCCAAUUAAUAAUGUUUGCUAUGUUAAUCUGUUUCUUAGGUAGAGCUUGUCUAUUAAACAGAGCAGCAUUAACACUAGCAAUUUUUCUAGCUAGAGGUUUAAUUGCCGGCGUGUUUCAAGCUGCAUAUGUGUACACUCCAGAAGUGUAUCCGACUCAUUUACGUAGUAUCGGUGUUAGUACUUGUAGUGCAAUGGCUAGAAUUGGUGCAAUGGUUACACCAUACAUAGCACAAGUAUUUCUUCAAUGGUCUAUUACUGGAGCAAUGGCAAUUUAUGCUGCAACAGCAUUAUGUGCUGCAAUAGCUACUCUUGCUUUACCUGUUGAAACGAAAAAUCAUACAUCUAAUGACACAACUCAAGAGACGCGAUAAAGUUUCAACCUUUUUUCAUUUUUCUUCUUUUUACUACUGAAAUGUUUUAAGAGGGAACAUUUCAUCAACAUUAUAACAUUUUGCAAUAGUCGUUAAACUAACAGUUUUCCGGUGAUGAAAAACAAAUUCGUUUCUAUUUAUUGGAUAUUCGUUUAUUUUGUUUUUACAAUGUUAUAAUUACAUAUAUGCAUAACUAGUAUUACUUUUUGUUCCUGACUAAUUUUGUUUUAUAAAUUACUUGAAUGAAUGGGAUACACUAUACAUCAUAAGUUAUUUAACAUAUGUGUAUUUACUUUUCUGUAACACUUUAGACAGUGAUAGUAAGUUUUAAACUUAUAAGAAAUAUACAAAGACUGAUAUAUAAAAUAUUAAAUAUUAAUAUAUAACAGAAGUGCCAAAAUGCACAAACGUGCAGGAUUAAUGUACACACGCUAAACCAUAACUUUUGUUA